AUGCGUUCAGGGCCGCUGAGCGCCGGCUGGCCGCGCUGCAGCUGCCUCCGAGCGGAGCCACGCUCGGGCACGUCACUGCCCCGAGAAGCGUGGCCGGCAGGGGGCCAUCCCAAACGUCGCUCGCACAUGCGCAAACUGCCGAGAACAGGACUUGGAAAGAGGCCGGCUUUCCGCGUGGAGCUGAACCCGGGCAGCCCAGCAGGGGACCUGCGUGUGGGGUCAGGCGUGUACCACUCCGCGCACGGCUCCGAUGCGCAAACUGAGGCGGGGUCUCUGCAGCAGACUCCCGCCUUCUCCAGGGAGCUCCUCACCAGAGGACACGCCGACACUGGCCCUUGUGAAGUUGGGGGCCGCCAGCACUGGGGCCCGGCCGCUAGUUACGGUGCUGAGCCCGAUGCAGAGCAGCUUACGGGGCGCACGCCGACGCCGGCUGCAGGCUCUGGGCGCUGCGGCGAGCGGGAAAACCUCGGACGAGAGGCUGUCGGCGCCGAGAGCCGGCGACCGGGUUUCACCCGCUGCCGCCUGCUGGUCUCCGAGCGCCUCCUGCCCGUGAAGCCUCCUUAUGCUGUCCUGCCCGGCAUCCUGCAGAAGCACUGCUGCCUCUCCCCCGACAGGAACACAGGUCAGGCGGCUGACCGGUCCUUUUCCGUGUUUGCUUUGGCCAAGGGCUCCCCCGGCACCGUGGCUGACCAGCCUCUGUGGUUGGCUGUGAGGUCCCACGGCCCAGACCUCCAGCUCCGACGCCCGGCCCAGCUGGUGCCACUGCCCUCCCAGGACGUGCUGCUGCAGUGGACGUUGUGUGGCCAUUCUGGGGAGUUCUGUUCGGCAGGGCCGGGGGGGCCCCGGGGUGCCCCUGGCCGGGCCAGGCAGCACCAGAAGCCACCGCCGGCCGGCCCCUGCGCCGAGGAGCCGAAACCGGGGAACGCCUGCCGCCUCCGAGACUUUCUGCUGUUCCCAUCCCCGCAGCCUCCGCGAGACGCCCAGCUGGGAAUCGAGCGGCAGGUUCCCGUCAGCGUGGGUGCCGUGUCCGCCUGCAUCUCCUCGGGGACGGUGUCGUGCGACCGCGUGCCCACGGGCCUGUUGGCCAUUCCUGUGCCAGGGCUGGGGGCAGCAGCGGACUCCGGCCGAGCCUGGGCUGAGGGCGCAGCCCUCUCGGCGGGGGGCCUCAUCCUGCCUGCCGCAGGCAGCCUCAUCUUUGGAGUCCGACGGGCGGGACCUGAACUCGACCCGCCCAGCGGCAGCUCCGGAGGCAACCCCGCUUUGACGGCCCCCGUCCCCUUGGUGGUGGAUGGGAAACCCGCCACGGCUCCAGAUCAACUGCGGUGCCUGCCGUAUUUUGCGGUGUGUGACUCGCACUUUUUCUUGCCCAAGUUUUUGAGGGAAAAGAGGCCGCUGCCUGCGCGGGGUCGUCUGUGCAAUGAGAUUACCGACGUUCGUCUGAAACUCGGGAGCCGGCGGCGGCUGCCCGUGGCUGACGUCGGGCCGGCGCGGCCGCCCCUCCCUGCUCCCUGCUCCCCGCGCCCCGGCGGGUCCCCGGCGGAGGCCCGAGCCCGGCUCCGCGGCGGCGUCUGCGGCGGCCCCGCGUCCACCCAGACCGCGCUCCGGAUCCGCGUUUUCCCUGGCGCCGGGGUAUGUGGGACACGCACCGCGAGCCGAUGCCGCGCGCGCUGCAGUCCCCCGGCGGCCGCGGCAGAGCCCCGCGCCCGGGCGUCCACGCCGGCUGACCUGCUCCCCGCGUGCACGCGGCCCCGCCGCCGCCGCCGCCUGCCCCGACUCCGCACCGUCCCCCCGGUGCCCGGGGCGCUGAGACUCCGGGCUGCCCCCGGCGAGGGGCUGCGGCGAGCCGCGCGGCGGGCGCGCUGCCCGGAGUCGCAGUGCACGCUGUGCGGGGAGCCGGAAGAGGAAGAGGGCGGGGACCUGGUCCAGCCGGGCAUCAGCUUCCCGGGGCCGGCGGAGGAGGACCUAGACCAGCAGUACUCGUGGUCGCCCACCCAGCACUUCAAUGAGGACAGGUACUCCCCGGCCCCCAGGACCAUGAAAGGGCUGUCGGGGAGCCGGAACGCGCCCCCGCUGUGCUCGGGCCACACCUGCGGGCUCGCGCCCCCCGAGGACCUGCUGCUGGGGCCGGACGCGCGGCAGCCCUACCUGCUGAGCCCCGGGGACGGCUGCCCGCUGGACCACCGCCGCUGCUCGCCGCGCAGCUCCGUGCACUCCGAGUGCGUGAUGCUGCCCCUGGUGCUGGCCGACCACGUGUCCAGCAGCACCUUCCCCAGGAUGCACUACAGCUCCCACUACGACGCCAGGGACGACUGCGCCGGGCCCCACGCCGGCGCCAAGGCCAACCGGAUCCCCGCCAACCUCCUGGACCAGUUCGAGAAGCAGCUGCCGCUGCACAGGGACGGCUUCCACACGCUGCAGUACCAGAGGACGUCCUCGGCCAACGAGCCGCGCGGCGAGAGCCCGGGGCGCAUCCGGCACCUGGUGCACUCGGUGCAGAAGCUCUUCACCAAGUCCCACUCCCUGGAGGGCUCCUCCAAGGGCAACGCCAACGGGGCCAAGGGCGACGGCCGGGGCGAGGACCACCACGGCCACCACCCCAAGCACAGCAAGCGGAGCAAGAGCAAGGACCGCAAGCCCGAGGGCAAGCACCGGUCGGGCCUGAGCAGCUGGUGGAGCUCCGACGACAACCUGGACAGCGACAGCACCUGCCGGGCCUCCAGCGUGGUGCACCGGCACCUGGCGGACCACGCGCCCCACUGCUACCCGGAGCCACUGCCGGGCCCCUUCGGGGACCUCUCCCUGAAGACGUCCCGGAGCAACAACGACGUCAAGUGCUCCGCCUGCGAGGGCCUGGCCCUGACGCCCGACGCCAAGUACAUGAAGCGCAGCUCCUGGUCCACGCUGACCGUGAGCCAGGCCAAGGAGGCCUACCGCAAGAGCUCCCUGAACCUGGACAAGCCCCUGGUGCACCAGGAGAUCAAGGCGCCCUUGAGGCCGUGCCAUUACCUCCAGGUGCCGCAGGACGAGUGGGCCGGGUACCCGGCGGGCGGCAAGGACGAGAUCCCCUGCCGGAGGAUGCGCAGCGGCAGCUACAUCAAAGCCAUGGGCGACGAGGAGAGCGGGGAGUCGGACUCCAGCCCCAAGACGUCCCCGACGGUGGCCCUGCGGCCGGAGCCCCUGCUCACCUCGCUGGCGGGGCUGCACACCCAGAGCUACCUGCAGGCGGCCAGCGACGGGCCUGCCAGCCACAGCCUGGACCCCGCCGCCAACUACAGCUCCCCGAAGUUCCGCUCGCGGAACCAGAGCUACAUGAGAGCGGUCAGCACGCUGAGCCAGGCCAGCUGCGUGAGCCAGAUGAGCGAGGCCGAGGUCAACGGGCAGUUCGAGUCGGUGUGCGAGUCCGUCUUCGGGGAGGUCGAGUCUCAGGCCAUGGACGCCCUGGACCUGCCCGGCUGCUUCCGCACGCGGAGCCACAGCUACCUCCGGGCCAUCCAGGCCGGCUACUCCCAGGACGACGAGUGCCUCCCUGCGCUGACGCCCUGCCCCGCCACCUCCACCGUCAGGCCCGCGGCAGCGGUCUCGUACACGAACUACAAGAAAACGCCGCCGCCCGUGCCCCCUCGGACCACCUCCAAGCCCCUGAUCUCGGUGACGGCGCAGAGCAGCACGGAGUCCACGCAGGACGCCUACCAGGACGGCCGCGCCCAGAGGGUGUCCCCGUGGCCCCAGGACGGCCGGGGCCUCUACAACUCCACGGACAGUCUGGACAGCAACAAGGCCAUGAACCUGGCCCUGGAGACGGCUGCCGCCCAGCGCCUCGCCGACGGCCUGGGGCGGGCCAGCGACAAGGCGGAGGACUUCCUCCGGAGCCGGCACACCUCCAUCGGGAUCCAGGACUCUGAGUUCCCAGAGCGCCCGCCCUACCCAAGGUCAGAUGUGGAAACCGCGACCGACUCCGACACGGAGAGCCGGGGCCUGCGGGAGUACCACUCCGUCGGCGUGCAGGUGGAAGACGAGAAGCGGCGCGGGCGGUUCAAGCGCUCCAACAGCGUGACGGCGGGCGUGCAAGCGGACCUGGAGCUGGAGGGCUUCCCGGGACACGUCCCCACGGAGGACAAGGGCCUGCAGUUCGGCUCGUCCUUCCAGCGGCACUCGGAGCCCAGCACCCCGACGCAGUACGGCGCCGUGCGGACGGUGCGCACGCAGGGCCUCUUCAGCUACCGGGAGGACUACCGGGCGCCGGCGGACACGACGACCCUGCCGGCGCCCGAGCCCUGGCUGGAGCCGGCCGUGGACGCGGGGGACGGCGGGCGGGUGUCGCCCUGCCGCAGGGACGGCUCCUGGUUCCUGAAGCUGCUGCACACGGAGACGCAGAGGAUGGAGGGCUGGUGCAAGGAGAUGGAGCGGGAGGCGGAGGACAACGACCUCGCGGAGGAAAUUCUCGGCAAAAUCCGGAGCGCCGUGGGCAGCGCGCAGCUCCUGAUGUCACAGAAGUUCCAGCAGUUCUACUGGCUGUGCCAACAGAACAUGGACCCCAGCGCCAUGCCCAGACCCACCUCCCAGGACCUGGCCGGCUACUGGGACAUGCUGCAGCUCUCGGUGGAGGACGUCAGCAUGAAGUUCGACGAGCUGCACCAGCUGAAGCUCAACGACUGGAAGAUGGCAGAGUCUCCGGACAGGAAGGAGGAACGGAAGGCCCCCCCGCCAAUACCAAAGAAGCCCCCCAAAGGGAGACUUCCGGUCACGCGAGAGAAGUCCCUGGACCUGCCCGACAGGCAGCGGCAGGAGGCCCGCCGACGCCUGCUGGCCGCCAAGCGCGCCGCGUCCUUCCGCCAGAGCUCGGCCGGCGAGCACGCGGACAGCAUCGAGAUCUACAUCCCGGAGGCGCAGACCCGGCUCUAGGGCCGCCGCGCCGCCCCGCCCUCCCCCCGGCCCUCCGCACCCACGCCUGUGCAGGUGGCCCCGCCCCCAUCCCGUGCCGUCUGCCCGCCCUCGCCAUCCGUCCUGGGUGCUGCUGGUCUCCGGGGCCCGCCGCGCCCGCCGCCAGAAGGACGUCUUUUUUACUCACCGGAUGUCUGACUCACAGCCGGCCGUGGGGGCGCGCUGGCCACUCCCCUCCCCGGAGCGCGGGGCUCGCCUCUGGGGGUGGGAGCCGGCUCACCUUUUGUUAUUUCUAUUUUUUAUAAACUGUGAGAUAAUUAGAGGCGAGAAUAGCAAACGAGUACAAACGGGUGCAUCCCCCACUCCCUAGAGCGUUAGCCCCCCCCCC